UAAACAACAAAAUUGUCUCGAUCACACUUUUGCAUUCUUCGUCAGCGGAGCAGAACCAUAAGUUCGUGUUGAAUCUAUAAUUAGGUGAAAGAUUUGCGUGAGGUGACCGCAAACUUUUUUAUUCUAUUUUGUCCGUAUAAAGGUGUGAAUAGAGCUAAAACGAGAUGUUCCUGCUAAGGAAACAACUUGGCUCCAUCGGGGCGCGCCUGUUGGUGGACAAAUCUCUUGUUAAGUUAAAUGGCCAAGUUAAUCAAAGUCGUGUGCUUGUCAAUUUGGAAAGUACUAAUAUGAAUUGUAAAAGUAAUUAUGGACUAAGGAUGUCGUCUAGCAUAAGUUACUUGAAAGGAAAUAGUGAACUCGAGUGUACUGCUGGCACUAUGAAUGAUGUCAAAGAGAAGAUCAUCAAAAAAUUGGGCAUAGAAGUUGGCUAUAACCCUUUCGUUAGUACCCGGGAACAUUUGGUCGAAUACGCACCCACUUCUCUGGAUCAGCUACCUUCGAGAUCGAUGCAAGACUCGUUCACUUCUGCAAUCAUACCACUUACCACCGAUAAAAUAUUGAAAGACAAAUACGUUGGAUUCAUGGGAAAUGUGCGAUUGGGUCGUCUAAUGGAGGAUAUGGAUUUGUUUGCCGUCUGGGUUGUUCACAAACAUCUUCAGCUACCAAGUCUUCCCGAAGGAGUGCCAUUGCCUUACACAUUCGUUACUGUUCUGGUGGAUAAAAUCGAUUUCACCGAUUUGGUACCAACAUACGACGCUGACAUUCGGCUUUCAGGACACGCGAGUUGGGUCGGCAAAACAUCGAUUGAGGUUGUCGUUUGGAUGGAGCAGAGGCUGCAUGGAAAAUGGCGAAAGUUAACGCGUGCACUUUUCUUAAUGGCGGCACGUGACGCGACAAAUACAAAAUCAGCGCUGAUAAAUCCUCUAGUGCCGGCUAACGAAGAAGAAAAAACCAUAUUUGAUGGAGGAGAAUCUAGGAAAAGGAGACGUAUCCAGUUACAGAAAGAAGAUCUUUUAAAAACAGAACCCAACGAUUUUGAACAAGGCCUGGUACAUGACUUGUUCGUCAAAUCCAUCGAUACCAGAAGCCGCGCUUUCAACAAACGAAUUCUUCCCCCUGGAUACAUCUGGAUGGAAGACGCAACUAUUUCAAACAUAGUAUUUUCACAUCCAGAAGACAGGAAUGCACACAAUAAAGUUUUUGGAGGUUUUCUCAUGCGCAACGCAUUGGAACUGAGCUGGGCCUUGGCAUACAAUUUCGCCAAACGUCGACCCAAGUUGGAACACAUUUCCGAUAUAAGCUUCCAUCGACCGGUAGACGUAUCUUCGAUGCUAAAUAUGACGGCCCAUGUAAUAUACACAGAGCUACAUUACAUGGAAAUCGUGGUACUCGCCGAUGUUUACGAUGCUGUUACCGGGCAGCAAACGACGACGAAUUCAUUCUACUAUACUUACUCUGUAGCUGAGCGACUUCCCAGCAUAAUGCCCAAAACUUAUCACGAAGCAAUGUACUACCUAGACGGACGCCGUAAGUUCCGAUACUCCAUGGAGUUGGACGCAAAUGCAACCAACGUUGCAUUUCCCAAGAGUCCAAAAAUGUAAUACAUACUCAUAUUUUCCACGAACGCAGCUUAAGAAGCAUCCAAGAUGUAAAAUGAUCUGUAAUGCUAUUUUAUGUUAUUGAUUUAUUUAUUGAAAUAACGAAUAAAACAAAAUUUAAUUAUUUUUAA